CUGGGGACUGGCGGACGUAGGAAUGUACACGUCGGCGAGCCGGAUAUCCAAGAUGGCGGCGCUGCCGAGUUCGGGCUAGUUCCCAGCAGCGGCGGAGACACGAGAGCCGGUGACCUGCGCGGGGCCGCCGGGACUGGAGGAUCCCCUGAAGCUUCCAUAGAUCAUAAGGAGAAUCUGUGUCCGGUUUGCAGCAGAUGGACAGAAACAUGCAGCCGCCUCCUCAGGCCGGGCCUCCAGCCACGGGAGGCCCUCCUCGCAUGCCAAUGACCACUAAUGCAUACUGGCGGAAGAGGACUCCUGCGCAGACGGCUAUGGCGCCCCCUCAAGUGCAACCAGUCACCGACCCGUUUGCGUUUGGCAGAAUGACUCCACAAAAUCUGGCAUCGGGCAGCGCACCAAGGGCUAAUGUUUUGCCAAUGCAAAGUCCGUCCCCUUCUUUGUACCCCCAGCCUACUCCCCCGACAUCAGCUGCUGGAGAGAGCGCCAGCGGGGCCCAGGGGCCGAUGCCAGGAUUUCCAUCCCCGUCUAUGGCCACUUACAGCGGUGUUCCCUCUCUGCCGGCACCAAGUUUUCAUUACACAAACAGCAUGGCUCCCACUCCCGCCAUGCAGCCGGGGGUUGGUCGUCCUGCUGCGUCAUCUCUUCACAACACGACGAGUGGACUAGAAAACGCCUUUAUGCCGCUUCCGGACAGGUCUCAGAGCAGGCAGAGCAUUAAUACGGAGAUGGGUCACAGCUACAUGGCGACUCAGCCGCAGUCCUAUACGCCUCCAUCUUCUCAGCAAACCACUGCACCUUGGGCAACCUCACAGGCCGCACCGCCUACCUCCGCUCAGAGUAUCCCUCCCCCCGCCCAGCACCCAGCGUACAAUGCAUCCCAUUACUCCCUUCCAUAUUUAGAAGUUUCUCACCUUCCCCCCCAAAAUCCUGCCCCAGCCUAUUUUUCGGCCCCACAGAGGCCUGCGCCGGCGGCUUUUCCACAUGGAGCUGGGGCAGGUCACGUGCAGCAGCACGGCCAUUCACAGUUCAGCAACCCCAUCCAAACCGAUUAUAUGCAGCACCAAAGCGUUGAACAGAACAGCUGGUAUAGCCAACCUUACAGAGAACCGCAGUCACUGCCGCCAUUACCCAACCCUAACCCAGUGCAGGCUGGAGCGCCACUUACUCUACCGGGAAACCGGCCGCAAAGCGAGUCUGCUACAGCUCCCAGCCAUGUCUCCAGCGAUGCAGAUUCCGGGACGAUAUCAAUGUUUUUUAAAGGAGAUGAAGCAGAAAAUGUGGAAAUCCUCUCCACAGACCAGCAGCACGGGCCCCGCAGACCAGCCGCUGAUGCAUCGCAUCAUCCCAACGUUGGUCACCAGGGGAGCGCGCUUCCCUUACAGACCCAGCCAGCUGUAGCACAUGCGCAGUCACACCCACCCAUGCCGUUAAAUCCCACUGCACCUAAUACUCAGUCGUUUUUAUCUCAUGAACCUCAUGCGGCAUGGCAAGUGGACGACGCAGACAACCAGCCUGCAGAACUCAAAGUCUUACCAGGACCGCCGUACGACAACGUUGAAAAUGUAGAAUGUGUUCAGAAUCUUGAAGUCCUUCCAAGUGAACCUCAUAAAAACAAUUUAUUUUCUACCAGCGUAAAUCCAGAGGCGUUCAGAUAUGGACCCGUUCCCUGUCCAACUCUCCCCAAGAACGUUGCCAGCCACGCCGAAGGAGGUAACAAUUUGGAGGCACCAGAUGUUUCGCCUCAUCCAGUCAGAUCUGAUAGCGUGUCUUCAAACUACAGUAAUUUAAGUCACAAAAGUCUGCCCGCUGCGGCUAGGCCUCUGGAUCAGGGGGGCACCUUCAUUCAGAAGGAGAGCGGAAGACUCGAAAAUGAAACGGCCAACAGUUUCUUUAAGCAGAUCGAUUGCUCUCCCUUGGGUGGUGAUAAUGCUGCACCAAGUUUGGCACAAAACGCCUACCAAUCGAAUUUGUCUCAUCCACCAACACCAAGUCCACCAAAACCUACCGGGAUUUUCCAGGCAAGUGCAAAUAGUUCCUUUGAGCCUGUUCGCUCACAUAUAGGUGUUAAAUCGGCUGAAUUAGACUAUUCAAAAGUAGUUGGGGAAAUCCCAGAGAACUGUAAGUUGCCACCAAACCCUUCUCACAACACGAUUCCAGCAGCUUCUCCGGGAAAUUUGGAACAACCUCCUGACAAUCUAGAAACUAUAUUUUCGGGUAAAUCUGAUGCGGAGGUUUGUGCUGUAAACAGCGGGCAGAACAUUUCCGCAGUCGGGGGUCCUCCCUUUGACAAUCUUUCAUUACUACUAGACAAACGUCCGUCGUCGAGAGCUCACGGAUCUAAUAAGAAGUGCGAGAGUCCUGCAACUACCUUAUGGGCCCAAGGAGAGUUGCCUAAUUUUGGGGGCAAUGUUCUGUUAGCCCCACCAGCCCCUGUUCUCUAUGUCCCCCCAAAAGCUCAAACCGAAGUUAUACAGCCCCCAGAAGAUGGGAGCCGGUCGGAUCAGGCACAGUUUUCCGUCACUCCUGAGGAGUACAUCUCUUCUGAGAACCUAGAAAACCCACCCAAGAUAGGAGACGAGGAGCACCCGCAUUCCCAGGCAAGUUCUGGUUAUGCCAGCUUGUUGUCUUCACCGCCUACAGACUCUUUGCAAAAUCAACCGGUUUUAAUUGCUCAGCCCAAUAAAAGUUAUAAUUUGGUUCAACCAAUUAAUUUCUCUUUGUCUUUACCCAAUCAAAUGAAGAACAGUAAUUCUGCUAAAGAUCUCUCUGCCGGUGACAAAUCUGCCCCCGCCGGUAGUUUUGCUCCUGACCACAAUGCUUCAUUCUCCGCCAAUCAGCCUGGAGCGCCUCUUAAAGCUCCUAUUUCCUCUAAUCAAAUUAAUAAAUUGCUGCCAGGCAAUGAUCAUUUCUCUGACUCUGUCUCCAAUCAUCCCCAAAAUAUUGUCCUUUCUGCUUCAUUAAAUCAAAUUCCGCUUAAUUUAGCUACCGAAAGUCAAAAAGCUAAGUUUGACGGUCUAGCGAAUGAGUCCGCAAAUAGGGCAGCGGUGUCUGGGCCAAACAUGCCGGUGAGUAACGGAGCUGCAAUGUUUGUUCCGGCAGUCACUAAUAGUAGCGCGGCAGUUAGCCAUGCAAGCAGCCUCUUGGAGAAUUCGGGUGCCCUGGAUUUUACGGUACCCCGCGCACCUGCCAAUCACAGUGCAAAUAGUUGUGCACCCAUCCAGAACAGACCUCAGGCAGGAGGGCCUGUCUAUCCCAAUCACUCAGCAAAUGUCCCAAAUUUCCAGCCAAUGCCUGAUAUUUACAAACAGGGUUUUUACCAGCAGGUCGCUAAUGACGUACGAGCACAGCCUGCAGUAGAAACUUCACAGCCGGGAGCUGCGACUUUCCAUGAGUACAUGACCCCCGUCUCUCAGACCCUACCGACACAGGCCACUGCCGAAGCCAAACCCAUUUCUUACCUUCAGCAAGCAGAAGCUCAGAUGCCGAGCACCCAGCACUCUACCGGGUCUCCUUACAGCGGAACUUCAGAGUCUGGUCCUAAACCUGUACCACCUGAGCAGCCUCCUUACCCUACUCAACCUGCGACAACUUCGUCUGCCCCAGUGAACCCGAACCACUAUGCAGGGUACCCAGAUCCAUCCAGACCUCCCGCUUCCCAAACGCCUCAGCAGGCAGAUCCGUACUAUUACUAUAGAGGUUACGCAACGUACCCCACUGCCUACCAGCAGCCGUAUCCGCCGGCGGAUCCUCGGGCUUCUCAUCUUUACUACCAGGAAGCCUAUGGAGCGUAUGACCCCGCUUACAGGCAAUACAGCAAUUCUGGCUUUGUGAAGUACCCGUACCAAGAACCAGAGAGACCUAGCUCCCGAUCCAGUCACUGCUCCGACCGACCAUCAUCAAGGCAAGGGUACAGCGCUCCAGCCAAUUACUACGCAGAUUAUUAUCAAAGUCAGUACGAUUAUGGAGAUCCCUCAAGGUGGGAUCGUUAUCCGGGAGCUUUUGAUCCUGGGUAUCGGGACCCUCGAAGUAGUUAUUGGAAUUACAUGUAUGGCAGGCAAGAGGACCCCUACCAGCAGAAGGUUCCGUAUGCGUACAACAGCAGGUUGGAUGCGUACGACGACCGCUGGCAGUAUGAUCCCCGUUACGUUAGGGGUUUCGAUGAUGAGAAUGAAGCCCAGAGAGACCUCGCGAAGGAUGACUAUGACCGUCGCAGUGUGCACAGCGAGAAUUCUGCCCGCAGCUUACACAGCGAGCGGAGCUCUCACAGCCGACGGAGCAGCUUCAGUUCCCGCUCUCAGCAGAGCCAGGUCUACAAGAGUGAGCAGGACCUAACUGCAAAUGCGUACGGCAGCCAAUUGCCGAACCCUCCGCUUGGGGAGUUUCCUUACGGCUUGUACCCGAAUGACUACAGCGGCCAGCAGGACACUUACCAGUACGACUACCAGGGAAGCAGUGAGUGGCAGCCGGUGGAUCAAGUUCCCUCCAGGUCGAUGACCCCAGAGAAGUACGGGAGCCCGCAUGUCUGUGCCCACUUUGGCCCUGGCGGGUACCUGAUUAAAGUGCUGCCUUACCUGCCUUCAGAUGGGCAGCCGACGCUGGUUGAGAUCCACAAUAUGGAGAUCAUUAUGCAGAACAGCCCGGAACAGGAGCAGCUGAGAUCUUUCCCUGGUCCCCUGGUCAAGGAUGAGACGCACAAAGUUGAUGUCAUAAAUUUUGCACAAAAUAAAGCCAAAGAGUGUUCCCAGAACGAGAGCUUAAUCGACCAGGAAUCUGCUCGUCUUCUGUGGGAUUUCAUUGUUCUACUGUGCAGGCAGAAUGGGACCGUUGUAGGGACGGACAUCGCCGAGCUGCUUCUCCAGGAUCACAGAACGGUCUGGCUCCCCGGGAAAUCUCCUAACGAAGCCAAUCUGAUCGAUUUCACGAACGAAGCGCAGGAACAGGAGGAGUCGGGGGCCUCUCAGCUCUCGUUCCUGGCAGACAUGUUGCCCAACUCUGGGGUUACUCUGGAGAAGGAGACUGAGCGCUUUAGGGAGCUGCUGCUUUUUGGACGUAAGAAGGAUGCCCUGGAGUCUGCCAUGAAGCACGGGCUGUGGGGCCACGCGCUGCUGCUCGCCAGCAAAAUGGACAGCCGGACGCACGCCCGGGUGAUGACCAGGUUUGCCAACAGUCUCCCGAUUAACGAUCCCCUGCAGACUGUUUAUCAGCUGCUGUCUGGAAGGAUGCCGGCGGCAGCCACGUGUUGCGGAGAUGAGAAGUGGGGCGACUGGAGGCCCCACCUUGCUAUGGUGCUGUCUAAUAUAACAAACAACGUUGACGUACCAGCCAGGACCAUCACCACAAUGGGAGACACGUUGGCUUCCAGGGGGCUCUUGGACGCUGCGCACUUCUGCUAUUUAAUGGCUCAGGCUGGUUUUGGAGUGUACGCCAAGAAAACCACCAAGCUCGUCCUGAUUGGCUCCAACCACAGUUUGCCCUUUGCAAAGUUUGCCACGAACGAGGCCAUCUGGAGGACCGAGGCCUACGAAUAUGCCCAGUCAUUGGGUGCACAGACCAUCUCCCUUCCCAAUAUCCAGGUGUUCAAGUUUAUUUAUGCCUGUCGUCUGGCCGAGCACGGCCUGUCCGCUCAGGCUUUCCACUACUGUGAGGUCAUCUCCAAGACCAUCCUGCGGCAUCCGUCUUACUACUCCCCGGUGCUGAUCAGCCAGCUGUUGGAGGUGGCCUCACACUUGAGAUUCUUCGACCCUCAGCUCAAGGAGAAACCAGAGCAGGAAUUAUUCGUAGAGCCGCCAUGGCUCCUGAGACUCCGCCACUUGGACAUGCAGGUCAAGCAAGGAGCUGUCGUGUACAGCACCGGUAGGACCACUCCGCAGCAGUAUGCCUGCAGCACGCCCAGCUCUGAACAUGACCACGUCAUCCAGUCCGAUGGUAUGAUGGCACCUCACGAAACGCAAGCUAAUACAGACAAUCCACUGCUGGCAAAUAUGAUGCCAGCUGACCAGGGGGUGCAGUUAGCUCUGCCAGGUCCUGAAAACUCGUCCUCUCUCUAUCAGCAUCCUCCCGUUAGCGAGCCAUCAUACUCCGGCACUACUCAGAAUGUUGUACCCUCACCCCCGAUAUCUGGGCCUGCAUUCGUCCCCUAUAGCAGUGAACAGGUGCCCAUUUACACCCCAGCUCUCAUGGAGCCUACGCCCACCCCACCACGGCCUAUGGACUUUGCACCCCAGGAGCAGUGGAACCAGGAGUCAGCCUUACAAAGACCCCCGCAGAAUUCACCCACCAGAACCAUGCUUCACGACACCGGAUUUGACUUCUAUGGAGAAAUGGCGAAAAUGGCUCCUGGGCACAGAUCCCGGACGGUCUCCCAGUCGUCUUCCCACAUGAGAAGGACCCGGACCACCUCCGAGUCUUCCACCCACUCCAUAGAGUCUACCAGGAGAAGCUCUGUGGGGAUGCAGCCCUCGCCACCUCCCCCGGCCAUCCCAGAGAUGGACAAGAAAGAGGCAAAGGUCAACCGCUCAUCCCAAGGGAGCGGUAGAAGUUGGUUUCCCCUGAAAAUUGGGUGGCUGAUGGGAAAAGGAAAGAACGAAGCUCACUUACCCGAUGACAGGAAUAAAUCUAUUGUAUGGGACGAGCACAAACAGCGCUGGAUUAAUCAGGACGAGCCGGAAGGAGAGGAAAACAAGGUCCUACCGCCUCCUCCAUCGGGAAUGCCCAAAAGGCCGCAGACCUUACCUCCUGGCCCAGGCGGAAUGAACGUUCCUCCUAAUCCUUCAGUCAACGUCUUCUCCAUAAAAGCAGGAGGCCCAAGAGGUCGUUAUGUGGAUGUGUUAAACCCUGGUGGCAGCAAGCCUACAAGCUCUGUGCCACCGCCGGCCGAUCUGUUUGCUCCAUUGGCCCCAAUGGCCAUCCCUACAAAUCUCUUUGUUCCUAACUCAGUUCCAGAGCAGGAGCAGCCGUCUGUAGGUUCUGAGGCAGAGAUGGCACAGCCUGCGGACCAGCCCGGCUUUGAUAACGGCGCACAGACCCAGAACCUAAAUGCAGCACCUGGGUCUGAGUUCCCAGCUUCCAACCAGGAGGAUUAUCCGUCUGGAGAGCUUUCUCGAUCUAGCUCUCUGAGUUCCUUAUCGUGUGAAGUAAGCCAGCAUUUUAAUCAGGCACCUGUUCCCGGACCUCCCACGGGAGCUGUUACGUUUUACAACCCUUCUAAUUUUGCACAACCAUCUUCAGCAGCGCGGACUGGGCGCCUCGGCCAGCGGAAAUACCCAUCUUUGAAGUAAAAAUUUGGCCUCCAAAACAUUUCAGAACGUCCGGACGGUGACUGAGAAUUGGAACCGAGAAUCUGCUACUUGUGACUUUUCUUUAUGUCCGAUGCUGAAUUUAGUUACCACCUUUCCUGCGUUGUUUCUGCGGCGAUGUGGUUGGGGCAUUUUGAGGCCCUCCUGACUGGAGCGCUGUGGUGCGGCAUUGCAGGCUGUUUGGGGUUUUUUGUUCCUUUUGGUAAGUUCUAGAACAAUGGACGAUGGAGAGAGCGAACUUUUUCCAUUUUGUGGCCUUUCCCCUCCUUUUUGUAUUAAGUUACACAAACCCAAACUGGGUGGAGAAGCUUUCUACGUAUGGCGUCCGGCGGUAUCCGUAGGCACUAAAUCUCAGAUUGGUGGAUUAAAGGAAAAACAAACAAAUUCUAUAUGGAUAUAUAUUGCUACACAAAUGAGACGGACUGCAAUUUUCUCUAUUUUCUCGGACAUCCCCUCAAGAAAUAAUAUAUUAAGUUAAAACUGUGACUAAUUAUCCCAGAAGAUUUUUAUCCUCCUAGUAUGUAUGUAGUUUGAGUCGUCUUGUAAACUUGAAACAUGUAUAGUCUCUUUAAUCUUUUGUAAAAUAGUUUAAUCUGUUGGGUCUUAAAGGUCGGCCGCAUAGUCCAUUCUUUGCUGCGGGCCCUGACCGCAAAAAUAGACUAUAAAUUUCUUCUUUUUUUUUUUUUUCCUAAUGAUUGUGAUUAUUUUUAAGUGCAAUAUAAUUAACUGCUCUCUCUCAUGCUGUUUGCUGAUUCUAAUUAAAAUACAGAUGGCUGGUAAAAUAGAUAAAAGAAAGAAUCCACUCUUGGAAUCUGUAUCAUCAUUUGUUCUGCCCCACCGGCGUCUGACUAUUGAGAUGGCGAUCGCUGCUUCUACGAGACUUACCUUGCAGGACCACCCUGUGACUGUACAAACUUGAAGAGGAUUUUAAACCUGUUUUAAACAUUAUUUAAAUAAAAUCAUGCAAAUAAGAAGCUUAGAUUGGAAGAGCGUGAAAAGCGGAUUCUGCCCGCAUACUGUGUGAUUGUUGUGGGAACUGUGGCGGCUGGGGUCAGCGGUAUAUUGAGCGUAUAAGAUAGGUUCUUGGGGACGUAUUAUUUUACAGGCUGCAGUGAGUUGCUGUGAUAUAAUGCUCACAUGACACACAGUCAACAUUUUCUUUUUUAUAUAGUUUGGUCACGAAGCCGUCUUUGUUCAAGGUUAAACGGUACGGAAUUGCCGGCUUCCCACGCUAACGUUCUUUGUUCCGUUGAAAGUGGAUUCAGGUUUGCGGUCUUCUGUUGCCUAGAUUUACACGUUCGCAUAGUGUACCUAAAACUACACGGGCCACUUCUGCGUGCUUCCGGAACGCAAAGCUAAGAGAUCGCUCGGGCCACAGAGCAGUGAGAUUUUAUGUAUCUGGACAGGGGGUGGAUAGGAGCUACAGUCACCCACUUACAGGCGAUGCCACAAAACUUUGGGGCACGUACAAUGGUACAGGGUCCUUUUUUGAAAUGUAACUUUUUUCCUCUUGGGACCUAUUAAAGUCAUGUGCUUAUGGUUUGGUGCCCUUGCCUCCAUGUGAUAUAUUGUCAAAUAUUAAAUGUACAAAAAAGAAAUACCUUACAACAGAGUUGCCCCAUUUCUCCAUAAUAUCCACAUUUCACUGUAAGGAUCACUGCGCAAAACUUAGUGUACUGCACGGAGUUUAUGUAAAGAAGAGAAAAUAAACCUACAGAAUUGUUCCCCUGUCCUCCUUUUGCUCUAUAAAGACCCUCCGCGCUCGGCCUGCUUAUGCAAAUCUGAAAUCCACUGACGACUGUUUCACGCAGACUUAGCGGCAGUUAGAAAGUGGAGCAUGGUAUGGUGUCUAUAGCACCACGUAUUUAGCAUGUGGCUUUGUGCGAUACAGAUGUCCUGUAACCUCUAUCUAUGUCUAGAAGUAGAAGCAGAGUAUUUGCACUUAAAAAAUACUUUAUACUCUGAUAAAUCCAAAUUUACCGUCCGGGGUCUCUGUCUGCAGACAGCAUUCUCAUGUCCGCAGGACAACUCUGUUCUUAACCCUUUCCCAAAUAUUUACUGAGCCUUGUGUUCUAUAGGGCAGUGAUACAUGGAUAGGAGACAGACCGUGACUUAAAGACUCUCUAACCCUGUGCCCUCUGCCGGUGUAUAGUAUGAGAUUGAUGUAUUAUAUAAGCUUAGGUAUAAUAUAUCAUUUUUCUAUAGACUCAUAACGCCCUUAUUUUCUGAGAGCCCUCUUGUCAGUCUUAUUUAUGUGUGAUCGUCCUCUUGCUGUAAGAUAGGGUUUCUUUAUUGCAGUCUGAGUGCCACCAAUUACAAAUAAAUGGAUAAACGUCAGUGCAGACGGAACAAUCCGGCAGUGCCAGGUAUCAAGGUUUUUUUUUUUUAAUUGCAUCGGUCAUUCCCUACAUAUCAUUAGUAGGCAGUUGGUGAAUUGCAGGCCGAACCACAUGUCCCAGCAUGCAGUUUCCACGUUUGUAUGAUGAAAGAAUGGCGCACUAAUAUACAGCAGCUAGAGGGAGACGCAGGCCGCACAGUACAACUACCACUGACAUGUUACACAGUGAUGGCCAUUAAAUGCAGCAUCAGGAUUUUGUGUUAUAAAAUCUGCAACCAUAGAAUCAUCCUUCAGUCCGAUGCCUCAAUAUCCGGUAACAGCCCUAUGUUCCCUGACCAGCCGGGAUCUGGCACCUGUAGCGUUUCUGGCCUCUUGUCUGUCUCUUCGUGUAGUUUUUCUGAUACCGUUUAUAGACAAACACCGACUUACGAAGCUGCUAUUUUGCUAAAGAAUGUUUUAUUCUGUAGCUGUACAUUUUGAAUAAAAUAUUUUGCGUCCAUAAA